UCGCUGUGUCUGAGCUCACUCGUCCGCUCCGCCACGCGCCACCGCCGAAGAAAAUGACGCAGCGCCCCUGACACAGGCGUGUUUUUAGCCUGUUAGCUAGAGAGCUACAUCUCCAAACGAUUAACACCGGUCAUUCGCCUCGAAAUCAAACAUUUCCUCUGGAUAUAGAAGUGCUCAGAGACCCCGAAUCAAGAAGAAAGGACAAGACAGAGGCAGAGCAAUUAUGCAGAUCACACUGAAGACUCUGCAGCAGCAGACCAUUCAAAUAGACAUCGACGAUGAGCAGACGGUGAAGGCAUUGAAAGAGAAGAUUGAGGCUGAGAAGGGCCGAGAAAGUUUUCCAGUAGCAGGACAGAAGCUGAUCUACGCUGGGAAAAUCCUGCAGGAUGAUACGCCCAUCAAGGAAUACAAAAUCGAUGAGAAGAACUUUGUGGUGGUGAUGGUGUCCAAGACAAAAGCACCAGGAUCACCCACUGCACCCUCAGAACCACCCAAAUCUGCCGCUGCGCCUUCCUCUUCCUCCUCUCCUCCUCCCGUUCCAGCUCCUGCCUCCCUUCCCAUCCCCAGAGACGAGUGUUCAGACGACCCUCCUGCAACCAUCUCGCCUGCACAGAGCCCUGAGCGUGCCUCAGGUCUCGGGGCUGAUGGGGAAGAUGCAUCUUCAACAUUAGUCAAAGGUCAGGAGUAUGACGCCAUGCUCACAAAUAUCAUGUCUAUGGGCUAUGAGAGAGAUAAAGUGGUGGCGGCACUCAAGGCCAGUUAUAACAACCCUCACCGUGCUGUGGAGUAUCUGCUCAAUGGGAUUCCUACUGUCCCAGUGCAGGAAACUACUCCUGCUCCAGCUCAGCUCCCCACAGACACGCAGCCCGCAGAAGGUGAGAAUCCACUGGAGUUUCUGCGCUCUCAGCCGCAGUUCCAGAGCAUGAGGCAGGUGAUCCAGCAGAACCCGUCCUUACUGCCAGCCCUCCUGCAGCAGCUGGGACAGGAGAACCCCCAACUCCUGCAGCAAAUCAGCCAGCAUCAGGAGCUCUUCAUCCAGAUGCUGAACGCACCGGUGGGUGAGGGUGAAGUCGAGGGUGGAGAGGGUGGAGAGUUUGCUGAUUUGGGUGCUCUGGCUGACGAGGCGGCUCCUGAGAGUUACAUCCAGGUGACGCAACAGGAGAAAGAAGCCAUCGAGAGGUUAAAAGCUCUGGGGUUUUCAGAAGCUCUUGUGGUCCAGGCGUACUUCGCCUGUGAGAAGAACGAGAACCUGGCUGCAAACUUCCUGCUCAAUCAGAAUUUCGAAGACGAGUGAGAGUCGCGGAGAGCCUGCGUGCCCCCCCCCCUGCCACCACACAAGCACUGCAUCUACUCGGGACACCGGUUUCCCCCCAUUAUUUCUUUGAGUUUACAAGUCAAGGGGAGACUCGCAGACUGGUUGGGGAUGGGGCGGAUGCAAUCACUCGGUGAACAAAUUCCAAUGGAAUUGACAGCAUUUGGGUUGAAUGCACUCUAGCAUGUUGAAGAAGUGUGCUUGCACGUGUAUAUGCGUGUUCCCUUAGGGAAUAUUU